UCUUAUUGAGAAAAGUUUUGAGUCUCAUCCUUCCACUAUCUCCCCAGUAUAAAAAGGCAAUUGCAGUGCUAUCCUUUUCCUUGCACGCAUAUCUCUUAUCUUUCAGUCUUAAUCCCCACCAUGUCUCCACCAUCCCAUGACCCCCUCCUCCUCUCUCCUCCCACCAGAAAGAGUAGUUGGAUGUGGAAGCUGUUCUUGUUCGCCGCUCUCAUCUCAGUAACCGGAUUUGCCAUCAUUCAUCUUAUCUUUAUUUUAAAUCCUAUUCAGUUGUCUGAUCUUUGUACCAACUCUCCUGACGCUACGUCCUGCAGCGCCAUUGUCUCUGACGCUGCAGUCUCUGCUUCCGCGGGUGAUAAUAUUUCCCGGCCUGACCCGGUCCGGAUUUUUACUGCAAUAGUGAAUAAGUCGCUGCACCAGCUCGAUGUUGCAGCAGCUGCUGUGUCCGACGUCCGUCUCCGAAUCAACGAGCUGGAGCAGCAGUCGGCUCUCUCCGACUGCAUGCAGCUGAUGGACCUUUCGCGAGACCGGCUCGCGGCCGUCGUCGGAGGGGCGGCCCGCUUCAAUGCUCGCACGUGGGUGAGCGCCGUGCUCACCAACUACGGCACGUGCCGCGACGGCCUCCGCGGGUCGGCGAAAGCCUCGGUGGGGCCACAAUUGGAGUCCCUCAGCGCCCUGGCCAGCGCCGCGCUCGCCGUUCUCAACGCCGUCUCCCCCGUCGCUGACGACGACAUUGUCACGCUCAAGAAGUUCCCCUCGUGGCUGUCGCACCGCGACCGGAAGAUUCUAGAAGGUUCUGCGGCCGACGGGGGAAUGGCGAAGGACGGGAGCGGGAAGUUCGCGACGGUGCAGGAGGCGGUGGAUGCUGCACCGGACGGCGGGAAAAGCGCAAGGUACGUGAUCUACGUAAAGAAGGGAGUGUACAUGGAGAACGUCAAUAUAGGAAAGACGAAGAAAAACGUGAUGAUCGUCGGCGACGGCAUGAGCGCGACGGUGAUCACCGGGAGCCGCAACGCCGUCGACGGCUCCACCAUCUUCAACUCCGCCACAUUAGCUGCUGUAGGCGACGGACUCAUUCUCCAAGACCUCAAGAUCGAGAACACGGCCGGGCCGCAGAAGCAGCAGGCAGUGGCCCUCCGCGUUAGCGCCGAUGAGGCUGUUAUCAAUCGCUGCAGCGUCGACGGCUAUCAAGACACCCUCUUUGCUCACUCCCUCCGCCAGUUCUACCGCGACAGCCACAUAUCCGGCACAAUUGACUUCAUCUUCGGCAACGCCGCCGUAGUGAUCCAGAAUUGUCAGAUCAUCGCGCGUGAGCCGUUACCGAACCAAGAAAACACGAUCACCGCCCAAGGCCGCGAGGACCCGAACCAGGACACCGCCACCUCCAUCCAGAACUGCCAGGUGUUGCCCGGGCCGGACCUUUCGCCCGUCAAGAAGGCCAUUCCGUCGUACCUCGGCCGGCCGUGGAUGGCGUAUUCGAAGACGGUGUUCAUGCAGUCGUUUAUCGACGAUCACAUCGCCCCGCAAGGGUGGUUGGAGUGGGAUGGCGACUUCGCAUUGAAGACCCUGUUCUACGGGGAGUAUCAGAACCGCGGGCCUGGGGCAGGGACCGCCGGGCGGGUGCAAUGGCCAGGGUAUCACGUGAUCACCGAUCCGAACGUGGCGAAGGCCUUUACGGUGGCCGCGCUGAUACAAGGUGGGUCUUGGUUGCCGGGGACGGGUGUUGCCUUUACUGAAGGCCUCUAAGUAAGCUUCUUCUAUCAAAAAAAUUUUGAAUAGUUGGUUGCUAGAUCUAUCUAUGUAGUUAAUGUGAGACUACUUCAAAUUCUGCAUAUGUUUUAAUGCAGUACUAUGGUAUCAUAUUUAUGCUUUAAGUAGAUAUAAAUCUUACGUUUUGUCAA